GUUACCGUUUCUCACGUACUUGUAACGGUUCUAUGACGCGGUCAACACGGAUUUAAAUCGCAAACCUUUAGCGCAAAUAAAAACAAUGACAAACGGAACAAAAACAGGAACCACACCCCGGAACAAAAAGCAGCAUUAGCGGACUUUCCGCCAGGCUGCCAAGUCCAAUCCGCCUCUCUGCGUUCCUUCAGAGCGCCCAACGUCAGAGCCAUGCCAGUGGAAAGCAGCAGCAGCUCCGGCUCCCGCCAGGCCAAGCAGAAGAGGAAGUCCCACAGCCUGUCCAUCCGCCGGACCAACAGCACGGAGCAGGACCGCUCGGGCCUGCAGAGGGAGCUGCUGGAGGGACAGGACUCCAAACUGCCACUGUCCCUGAGGACCAACCUGUUGGAUCUGUUCAGUCAGAUCGAGAGAGAGUUCGAAAACCUUUACCUGGAAAAUAUUGAACUCCGCAGAGAAAUCGAAUCCCUGAACGAUCGCUUGGCUGCAGACGGACAAGCUGUCGAAGGAGCAGAUUUAGCUAAAGGAGCUCUGAAAACGAAAGCGAGCCACAGCACCAGCCAGCUGUCUCAGAAACUGAAAACAACCUACAAGGCGUCCACAAGCAAGAUUGUGUCCAGCUUCAAAGCGACCACGUCCAGAGCGGUUUGCCAGCUGGUGAAGGAGUAUGUCGGCCACAGGGACGGCAUCUGGGACCUGAGCACCACGCGGGCCCAGCCUGUGGUGCUCGGCACCGCAUCUGCAGACCACACUGCCAUGCUGUGGAGCAUUGAGACCGGAAAGUGCCUCCUCAAGUACCUGGGUCACCAGGGAUCAGUUAACUCCAUUAAGUUCCACCCCAGUGAACAGAUGGCUCUGACUGCCUCUGGAGAUCAGACGGCUCACAUCUGGAGGUACCUGGUGCAGCUUCCCACUCCUCAGCCCAUCGCUGACACCACUACGCCCUGUGAAGACGAUGUGGACUCUUCGGAUAAAGACGACGGCGACGGCGAUGCGGAGGGCCCAAACGACUGCCCUUCGGUCCGCGUACCGACCACGACGCUGCGCAGCCAUCAGGGCGUGGUGAUCGCUGCCGAUUGGCUGGUGGGGGGCAAACAGGUGGUGACGGCCUCCUGGGACCGAGCCGCCAACCUGUACGACGUGGAGACCUCGGAGUUAGUCCACUCGCUCACUGGUCACGAUCAGGAGCUGACCCACUGCUGCACCCACCCCAACCAACGCCUGGUGGUCACUUCCUCCAGAGACACCACCUUCAGGCUGUGGGACUUCAGAGACCCGUCCAUCCACUCCGUCAACGUCUUCCAGGGACACACAGACACGGUGACGUCCGCUGUCUUCACCGUGGGAGACAACGUGGUGUCGGGCAGCGACGACCGCACCGUCAAAGUGUGGGACCUGAAGAACAUGCGGUCGCCCAUAGCAACCAUUCGCACCGACUCUGCUGUCAACAGGAUCAGCGUGUCGGUGAACCAGAAGAUCAUCGCCCUUCCUCACGACAAUCGGCAGGUCCGACUGUUCGACAUGUCCGGAGUGCGGCUGGCUCGGCUGCCGCGGAGCAACAGGCAGGGUCACCGUCGGAUGGUUUGCUGCUCCGCCUGGUGUGAGGACAACACCGCCUGCAACCUGUUCACCUGCGGCUUCGACAGGCAGGCCAUCGGCUGGAACAUCAACAUCCCGGCUCUGCUGCAGGAGAAAUAAAAUCCUCCUCUUCUCUUUC